GAACACCCUCUCUCUGCCUACUUUCUCUACUUUCUCUCUUUCAAAAUCUCCACUCUGCACAUUCCUUUCUGCUUUAAUUUUCUCUCUCUUCCUCAAACGCUCAUGGAGUCGAUCACCUUCUCUGAUCUCCACGUCAUCGCUGGCGCCUCCGUAAGUCCCCACGGAGCCCGAGGAGGAUCUCCCUCUCUUUCUAGAACCUUGUUCUCUCCCUCUCGAUUUCGCUCCCCUGUUCCCCUUGUCGCUCUUCGCCGUUGCCCUGCUCACGCCGCCAUCACUACUAACUCCGUUCCGCAUAGAAAUGGAACAUAUAGAGUUGGUGAUUUUAUGACAAAAAAGGAGCAUUUACAUGUUGUAAAACCUACAACCCCUGUUGAUGAAGCAUUAGAAGCUCUUGUGGAGAAAAAAAUUACUGGCUUUCCUGUGAUUGAUGAAGAUUGGAAAUUGGUUGGUCUUGUUUCUGAUUAUGAUUUGUUAGCACUUGACUCCAUAUCAGGUGGUGCUCAAAUUGACACAACCCUGUUUCCUGAUGUUGAUAGUUCUUGGAAGGCGUUCAAUCAGAUACAGAAACUCCUUGCUAAAACUAAGGGGAAAGUUGUUGGUGAUGUGAUGACACCUGCUCCAGUUGUUGUUCAUGAAACCACCAACCUUGAAGAUGCUGCUAGGUUAUUGCUCGAAACAAAGUACCGUCGGUUGCCUGUAGUAGAUGGUGAUGGCAAGCUGGUUGGAAUUGUCACAAGGGGAAGUGUUGUUAGGGCUGCCCUCAAGAUAAAAGGUACUAGAGAAAAGUUGCCAUGAUUCUACAACCACCAUAUCCAAAACCUUGGGGGCACAUUGAUGUAGCAGAUAGCUGUUCUGAAAUUUGCUUUCCAACAUAUUCUGUUGGUGCAUCUAUAGAAAAUGGAGAUAAGUUAUAUUGUUGGCUUAGGCAUUAUGGUGCUUAGAAGGAAGAGAUGGAUAGAUCUCACAAAUAUAUCUAAAGCGUUCUUGUCCUGUUAAUUUUCAUUUACAUAUUCUUUUUAGGCUUGUAAAAUUUAUGAACUUUAGGUAGGCUAUGAAUUGACCAGAAGCAUUCUUCUGUCAAAUAUUGUAUUAUAAACAAUGCCAAAUUUUGCUGGAAAAACUCAUAAUAUAUAUACUCUUGAACUUUAUUUUGGGA